UGGUUCGAGAGGAUCAGUAUCAUGGUGAUUCUGCUCAACUGUGUCACACUGGGGAUGUACCAGCCCUGUGAGAACAUCGACUGCACUUCAGACCGCUGCCAGAUACUACAGGCGUUCGAUGCGUUCAUCUACAUCUUCUUUGCGUUGGAGAUGGUGGUGAAGAUGGUGGCGCUGGGAAUCUUCGGGAGACGCUGUUACCUUGGCGACACCUGGAACAGACUAGACUUCUUCAUCGUCAUGUCUGGGAUGGUGGAGUACUCGUUGGACCUGCAGAACAUCAACCUCUCAGCCAUCAGGACAGUCAGGGUCCUCAGACCCCUCAAAGCCAUCAAUAGAGUACCCAGUAUGCGUAUCCUGGUGAAUCUCCUCCUGGACACUCUGCCCAUGCUGGGAAACGUCCUCCUGCUUUGUUUCUUCGUCUUCUUCAUCUUCGGCAUCAUCGGAGUGCAGCUGUGGGCGGGAUUACUGAGGAACCGAUGCUACCUCGAGGAAAACUUCACCCUUUCGUCAGGUCUGACCCUGCCCGCCCCUUACUACCAGCCGGAGGAGGAUGACGAGCGCCCCUUCAUCUGCUCUCUGGCCCAGGAUAACGGGAUCAUGUCGUGUGGUGACGUCCCGGCCCGGAGGGAGGGGGGAAGGACCUGCUGUCUGGACAGGGAGGAUGCCUACCACCGCCAGUCCCUGGGGCUCAUCCCUGAACCACUAGUCAACAGUUCAGCCAGUGCAGUGGGUCUCUGUAUCAACUGGAACCAGUACUAUACUAGAUGCCAUACUGGACAUAAUAAUCCACACAAGGGGGCGAUCAACUUCGAUAACAUCGUAUACGCCUGGAUUGUUAUCUUCCAGGUGAUCACUCUGGAAGGCUGGGUAGAGAUCAUGUACUAUGUAAUGGAUGCUCACUCCUUCUACAACUUCAUCUACUUCAUCUUCCUCAUCAUCAUUGGCUCGUUCUUCAUGAUCAACUUAUGUCUGGUGGUCAUCGCCACCCAGUUCAGUGAGACCAAGCAGCGGGAGCACCAGCUGAUGCAGGAGCAGCGGGCCCAGUGCCUGUCCUCCUCUACCCUGGCCAGCCUGCAUGAACCGGGGGACUGCUACGAAGAGCUCUUCCAGCUGGUCUGCCACAUGCUGCGCAAGGCCCGCAGGAGAUCUGUAGCCUUCAAGCUGGACCCAGUCCACAGCUCCCAACCCCUGGGCAACUCCAUCGCCCUGGCCGUCCCUCAAAACACAGAGGACUGCCCUCAGUGCGCUACGGCACUGUCACUCAGGGAGGGGGCGGGAGCUGUGGGCGACUCGGCCAAUGGGGAGGAGGAGGAGGGGGCCGUGGAGGAGACGGACAGGGAGGAGAACCACUUGGAGGAGAAAGCGGAAGAGGGGGAGGUAGUGAAGAAGAAGAGGAAGAGGAGGUCGUGUUUUGGACACUGUAAGGACAUGUGGGAUGAGAUGAGGAAGAAACUUUGGGGCAUCGUGGAGAGCAAAUACUUCAAUAGAGGAAUCAUGAUCGCUAUUCUCAUCAAUACUAUCAGCAUGGGGAUAGAACACCACAACCAGCCGGAGGAGCUGACUAACGUGUUGGAGAUCAGUAACAUUGUGUUCACCAGUAUGUUCACCCUGGAAAUGAUCCUCAAGCUGACCGCCUUUGGCUUCUUCGCCUACCUGAGGAACCCCUACAACAUCUUCGAUGGCAUCAUCGUCAUCAUCAGUGUGUGUGAGAUCAUAGGUCAGUCUGAUGGAGGUCUGUCUGUCCUGAGGACCUUCAGACUGUUGAGGGUGAUCAAGCUGGUGCGCUUCAUGCCAGCGUUACGCAGACAGCUGGUCGUGCUGAUGAAGACCAUGGACAACGUGGCCACCUUCUGCAUGCUCCUCAUGCUCUUCAUAUUCAUCUUCAGUAUCCUGGGGAUGCAUAUCUUUGGCUGUAAGUUCAGUCUGAAGACAGAGACUGGAGACACUGUUCCUGACAGGAAGAACUUUGACUCUCUACUGUGGGCCAUUGUCACUGUGUUUCAGAUUCUGACUCAGGAAGACUGGAACAUGGUGCUGUAUAAUGGAAUGGCCUCCACCUCUCCCUGUGCUGCUCUCUACUUUGUGGCUCUAAUGACCUUUGGCAACUACGUCCUCUUCAACCUGCUGGUGGCCAUCUUGGUAGAGGGCUUUCAGGCUGAGGGGGAUGCCAACCGGUCGUACUCCGAAGACGACAGGUCCUCGUGUAACUUUGACGAGAACUCUGACAAGCUGAAGGACUCGCUUCAUCUCUCUGACCCUAAGAUCUGCACCCUAACCCCCAACGGUCACCUGGACCUGUCCCCAACGCCCACGGGUCUGUACACGGCCGACAGGCUCACUUUCGCUCUGGGCUCACGCAAAAACAGUGUCAUCUCUCUGGGCAGGGCUAACCUGGAGGGCAGGGCUAACCUGGAGGGCAGGGCUAACCUGGAGGGCAGGAAUCUGUGUCGGGGGAGCAGCUCCCUGUACCACAACUGGGGCCGCCCUGCAUCCCAGACCCAGGCAAUGUGGGGCCGGCGGUCCAGCUGGAACAGCCUGGGUCGCCCCUCCCGAGCCUUGGGUCUGGGAUUGGGGGUAGGAGGAGGGGGUAGCCUGCGUUCCCGCAGCCCCCACGCCACCCACCCGGCCGAGCAGGAGUCCCUCCUCUCCCCCCCUCACCCUCCUCCGCACCUCACCCACCCUCCUCCCCUCCUGGCGCUAAACUUUGUCCCGCGGCGGGACCGCCGGGCGCUGUCCUUGGAGCUGCCGGAGCUCCUCCAGGUCCCGGGAACCCCCCUGGCGUCAAUGCUGCCUUACCCCAGGAAGAAGAGCUUCUCCAGUGGGUUGGUUGGUGGAGGGGCUGGGGGGGAGCACCAGGACUGCAAUGGGAAGGCCCCAUCAGCCCAGCUCCAGCUUCAGCUUCAGCUGCCGCCACAUCCACAUCCCCAUCCACAGCUACUGACAGAGGUGUUCCCUCAGGUCAACACACGCAAGGACAGAGAGGACCUGGACGAUGACAUUGACUAUAGUCUGUGUUUCCGUAUCCAGAAGAUGAUGGAAGUGUACAGGCCAGAGUGGUGUGAGACCAGAGAGGACUGGUCUGUCUUCCUCUUCUCUCCUCAGAACAGGUUCAGGCGGGUAUGCCAGUCCAUCAUAGCCUACAAGAUGUUUGACUAUGUGGUGCUAGCGUUCAUCUUCUCCAACUGCAUCACCGUGGCUCUGGAGAGACCCAAGAUCAUGCAGGGCAGCCUGGAAAGAGUCUUCCUAACCAUCUCCAACUACGUCUUCACAGCCAUCUUUGUAGCAGAGAUGACACUCAAGGUGGUGUCUAUGGGCCUGUAUAUAGGGGAACAGGCAUAUCUGAAAAGCAGCUGGAACGUGUUGGACGGCUUCCUGGUCUUUGUGUCGUUGAUUGACAUUGUGGUGUCAAUGGCGGGCGGGGCUAAGAUUCUGGGGGUACUGAGGGUUCUCCGAUUGCUCCGCACACUGCGCCCCCUCAGGGUGAUCAGUCGAGCCCCAGGUCUGAAGCUGGUAGUGGAGACUCUAAUAACGUCUCUGAAACCUAUAGGAAACAUUGUCCUUAUCUGCUGUGCUUUCUUCAUCAUAUUUGGUAUCCUGGGGGUGCAGCUGUUCAAAGGGAAGUUCUUCUACUGCUUUGGCCCCGACGUCAAGAACAUCACCAACAAGUCUGACUGUCUGCAGGCCAACUACAAAUGGGUCCAUCACAAGUACAACUUUGACAACCUGGGACAGGCUCUGAUGUCCCUGUUUGUGCUGGCUUCAAAGGACGGCUGGGUCAACAUCAUGUACCAUGGCCUGGAUGCUGUAGGGGUGGACCAACAGCCAGUGAUCAACAACAGUCCAUGGAUGCUCCUGUACUUCAUCUCCUUCCUCCUCAUCGUCAGUUUCUUCGUUCUCAACAUGUUUGUGGGCGUGGUAGUGGAGAACUUCCACAAGUGCCGUCAGAACCAGGAAGUGGAAGAGGCUAAAAGGAGAGAGGAUAAACGACGGAGACGCAUGGAGAAGAAGAGGAGGGACGCCCAGAAGAUCCCCUACUAUGCCAGUUACAGCCCCAUCCGCCUGUGGAUCCACACUCUGUGUACCACCUACUACCUGGACCUCUUCAUCACCUUCAUCAUCUGUAUCAACGUCAUCACCAUGUCACUGGAACACUACAGCCAGCCACGAUCUCUAGAUCUAGUGUUGAAGUACUGUAACUAUUUCUUCACAUCCACCUUUGUACUGGAGACCCUCCUGAAGCUCACCGCCUUUGGCUUCCGACGCUUCUUUAAAGACAGGUGGAACCAGCUGGACCUGGCCAUUGUGUUGUUGUCCGUCAUGGGCAUCACUCUGGAGGAGAUCGACCUCAACGCAUCACUGCCCAUCAACCCUACCAUCAUACGCAUCAUGAGAGUACUGAGGAUCGCUAGAGUUCUGAAGCUGCUGAAGAUGGCUAAAGGAAUGAGAGCUCUGCUGGAUACGGUGGUCCAAGCCCUACCACAGGUGGGGAACCUGGGCCUGCUCUUCAUGCUCCUGUUCUUCAUCUAUGCAGCACUGGGGGUUGAGCUGUUUGGAGAACUGGUGUGUAAUGAGGACUACCCAUGUGAGGGGAUGAGCCGCCAUGCUACCUUUGAGAACUUUGGCAUGGCCUUCCUCACUCUGUUCCAGGUCUCCACUGGGGACAACUGGAAUGGGAUCAUGAAGGACACGUUGAGGGAGUGCCCUCCGGACUACGGGCCUGACUACUCCUGCAACCCCAGCCUGCAGUUCAUCUCUCCCAUGUACUUUGUGUCCUUUGUGUUGACGGCCCAGUUCGUCCUGAUCAACGUGGUGGUGGCGGUGUUGAUGAAGCACCUGGACGACUCCAACAAGGAGGCCAAGGAGGAGGCGGAGAUGGACGCUGAGAUUGAGCUGGAGCUGGCCACGGGGGCCCUAUGCUGCAUGGGGCCGGAGGGAGUCUGUGCAGGAGGGAAGAAAGGUGGAGGAGCAGGGGGAGGUGGAGGAGGAGAGGAGAGAGGGAUGGGAGUCCCAGGCAGUUCCUCCGGGGGGAAUAUGCAUCAUCACGUGGCAAUGACGCAUCCAGGAACACUGCAAGAUCCGAACAAUCGUGAUCCCUACUCUCCUGCACAG